UUUAUAUACUGACGUGAACUUAAGGGUUGCUCGGUUCAAUUUAAUUCUUAUUGAAAAGGUAAGUAAUUGUUUGAGAAUGCUUUUGUUGGGUACAUUUAGAAAUUUCUAAAAGGCUCUGCUUAAAACAAAAAUUUUUUACAUUAAUGUUUUCUCGUGCACGUUUUCGCUUAUCAACAAGGAUGGUUCAAGCUGCAACUCUGAACAAGGGAAGACCAGCUAAGCAAAUUUUUAAGUAGCUUGACGUUCAGGGAUAUCUGUAAUAUUUCUGUUGAUUCGACUCCACACAGUUUGCUUCAAGAAAUCUUCUGUUUGUGUUAAAUAUUAAUGAAAACUUUCUGUAUAACACAGCACGCAGCAUGAAAGCAUAAUUUGCCGUAAUGCCCGAGAUUCUUCGAAGAAAGCACAGCUCAUAUGUUUCUAGGGAAAAAAAAUCCUUUGAAACCGCUAUUUAGUCCAUAUAGCAGCUACCGUUAUGAGAUAAGGAGUAAAUUUGUAAUUCAAAUAUUUAAAAAAAAACAAAUUAUGUUGCUAGAAUAAAGAUGUCUAUUUCAAUUAUCAACCUUGACAUAAAAAUAUCCACGUUUACUAGUUUCUAUUUGAAUUUGGCAACAUUGGCGUAAGAUCAAUGCACUAUUAUCUCAAGUAAGCUUUCUUUCGAUAGGUAAGAUUUUGAACGAGAGUUGUGUAUUGAAAUUGUGGAUUGUGGAAAUUUGAAAAACUUACCUGUAAUAUAUCGAUAGGAUGCCAAUUUACCUUAAAUAUUAAACCACUUUCUUUGUUAAAACCUUAUUUUGGACCUUCAAUUUUAAUCAGGGACUCAAGACAAACUUUUAAGGAUACAAAGGCCUGAGAGAUUGACAUGAAUUAACAUCGGUUUAAAUCAGACAGAAACACAAUCAAAUCGAGAUAAGGUAGAUUAAAGAGAAACGUCAUAUUAAGAGCCUCUGCAUUGGAUAGAUACUGACUAAUGUUUUUCCGUUUCUGGAUUGAAGUCUUCACGAUUUUCAAAUUGAAAGAUAAUAUAAUCUAUGGCUGACUUCAAUCGAAAAUAUCAGUUUUCGUUGAAGCCGAGUUUCAUGUAAAUCUUACACGAAGGUUUUGAUUUCCAUCCCAGCGCACUUCUCAGAUAAAAUCAGGUAGGCAACAAAUAUCCAGGAAAAGUUCAAUUUUUUUCAUUUUUCUCUAAAAUUUUCUUUGUAUAAUUUAUCACACGGACAUCUAGGUUACGUAAACAAUCCUUUGUAUUACAAUUUACUUCUUAAACUUACGACAUGGUUCUCCCCCUCAUACAAAAUGUAGAUUAUUUUUCUUUGUUUGGUUAUCUUGAAUUUUGGUAUUGAAUUCUUUUUAAACCAUAAUGUAAAUGGACCAAGAGGCAAUGACUUUGUUGUUGAAAUUGUUUGAAUUAUCAUUUGCAGUUUUUUUAUGUAAUAAGCAUUCCAGCGGUUGAUUUUGAUUCCUUCGAUUCUGAGUUUUUCUUUUUUCAGUAAACAUCAACAGCAUCAUAUUCUGAUCGCCAUGACGGAAAAAAAUAAUCAACACACGUAACAUUCGCUUAAUUUCAUCGUAUAUUGUUUCUUUACAAAUUUUUAAAUGAAACAUUUUAAAGAAUGUUUUAAUUUAAGCUUGAUUCAUCCAAAAGAAUGAAUACUUGUGAACGCUGGAGAAGAAAUUAUAUAAGUCCAGUCAAAGAACAAUUAUUUUUUUUUUUCAUGAUGUCGGAGUUUGUAUUUCAUGUUUUUAUUUUUAGUUCUGUUCAAACUGUAUGGCGCUGACUCGGUUUUCUUAAGAUGAGCAAAGUCUUGCAUUACUUUAUAUUUACACUAACCUGUAAUCAAUCUGAUUCGUAACAUUUCUAUUCAUUUCUUUGAAAUAUUUCUGAUACUAGCCACACUGUAUCGCAAUUCAAACUGUUUCAGAUUCAAAACCAGAAUCAGUUUAUCUCAAAUGCAUUCUAAAACUCAUUCCGUAAAUUUUAAAAGUUUUGCUUAAGAGAUAGUCUUAAGACCAUGUUUAAGUUUCCCAUGCUUAUUAACAAAUUUUUCUGCUUGUUAGCACCAAGGAAAAUUUUUCAAUUCCUAAUUACACUAAAACAACCUUUUGCCUGAGGUUCAAAUGACAAGAGAAUAAAUUCACCCACGACUCACUUUCCUCCUUAUUCCGACGUAUAACUCAGUGAUCGUGACAAAGAAAUGUUUGGGUACAGAGGCCCUUGCGACUAUAGAGAGUUUAUGUUGAGGAAAAUUUUUAAAAAAUCGCAUCUUCUUUUAUUUUUUUGGUUGGAAACAAUUUUGAUUGUUUAUUUGACACUGAAAGGCCAGAACUAUUUUUUACCAGCUUAUUGAAAAGCUGCCAAGACCAUGACGUAAUCCAUUAAAAGAAAUAUUUAUUCACAUAGACGACAACAGGGAAACGGCUCUUAAGCUUCGAAAUUUUUUGUUGAACUGAAUUCGAAAUGUAGAAUACUUUUCAAAAAGGUAAGUAUCCUUGCUUAUCUAACUUAAGACAUUUAACAUUUUUGUUAUUUUUCUUUUUAAUUAUUACUGAUUGCUAACUAGGAGUUUUUUUCGCACUUUCGAUUAGGAAUUUUUUUCACGACUCUAACAGUAACCAUGAAUAUUUACACUGAGGGAUUUUCAGCAAUUUCCAGAAUUAAGGAUCGCUCCCAAGAGACACAAUUCCUUCUUCUGAGUUCCUAUUCAAUCCAUCCAACCGUGCGUGUUUACAAAUUUGAAAAUUUGAUAAAUUCUGUUUUAUGUUAAAACUUUAAUUUUUGGCAAAAUUUCCAAACAGUGAUGAUAGCUUUUAUGAAAUAUCUCUAUUUAAACUCGCGAUCUUAGGAUCGACGGGAAGAAAAUCGUUUCUGAGAGGAAUAAAAUUUUUAACGUUUGAGAUACUAGCCGUUCGAACUCUCCGUCACUGACCGUCGAGAAAAUUGAGACCAGUGAAGCCAGAAGCCAGGUAUUAUAAAUGGUAAUUAUAACCAACUAAAAGCUUCCGAAUCCCAUUGCAUGAUACGAGAAUUUCAAGCACUUAUUUUGUCUAGAUCUUGCUGUAACCCCGUUAAAAACAUUCCUUGAUGAAGAAAUUCUUCCGCGUCGGUAUUUAAGUUGGCAGGAAUAUUUAUGCAGGGUAAGUAGAGACCAACAGACUUUAGUAAAUACCAUGUGCUUCAAAGUAUAUUUAACAUAUUUUUUAAAUAGUUAUUUAUCAAAUUUUGUUGUUGUCGACUGUCACAGACCUCAUAACUUGUCUACUUUCAUACGAUUUUACGUCUUAAGUCUCAAUGUCGCAAUGACACCAGUUUCAGGUGACAAAACGAAAUAACAUUUCCUACCAAAUAUAUUCAACGAAAGAUGAAAGACUUGAAAAAUUAACAUACUCGUUUUUUGGUUUCUCCAUCAUAAACUGAAUCGCAGAGAACGAGCAGUUUUACAUAGAUGUUUUACAGAUGUUGUUACACGGAUGUUGUUGGGUCCCCUUCCCCCUUCGGACUCCCGUGCGGAAGGGGGGAGGGGACCCGCAGGAUUUUGGUUUUGUCACGAUGAAUUUUGCCUGAUUCCCCCAAGUUGCCGUUUUCUGAUCUACCCUCCGUUCCCUAUAAAAGUAUGUAAACCCCCCCCAAUCUUCCGCCAGCUACCCCCCCCGCUUCCUUCCAAGACGACCCCUGGACAACAGAGAGCCUUAAUCAUGACCGGGUUGAUGACAGACCAGUUUGAGUCCUGUGUUUAUCCCAUACACCGCUAUUUGCUUGUUGUUGUUGUUGUUUAUUUGAAGACGUCGUAAAUUGACGUUGCUCUUUUUUAGGACAAACUCAUCGUUGAUCACCUGGAAGGGGGAGAGGGUAACUCAGACCUCAGUUUUGAGAAUUCAUGAUAUCCCGCUCAACCUCAUCUAAUAUUUUUUUCUUAGGACAAUUACUGAGGUGAUAAAAGUGAUGCGCACGCUCUGAUUGGUUGAGGCUUGCUUCAUAUCUCGCUAUAGUAACCUCGCGCGAGGUGAUUAUAGCAGGGCACCAAAUUUCAAAAUGGCUUCCUUGCGUGUUGUCAAUGUUCCCGCAGAAGUGAUAAAAAGAUAGAAGAAAAUUCAGUUAUAGAGCUAUGAAGUUUAAUGAAACGUGCUAAAACUACUUGCUUCUCCUGAUCGAGUAAUUACCACAAUUGUAACAAAAUAUGCGCAAGGCGCUUUCUUUAUUUAAAGCCGGAAUAUACAACAGAAUUCGAAAGCACCUGGGCAAUUACGCUAAAACAAUUAUUCGCCUCGGGCUCAGGGAAGAUUUUUUUAACAAUUUCCUCGACCUCGUCUCAGGAAUUAUUGAACAAUAUUCACUUAGCCUUCAGCGAAUAAUUGUUAGUUACAAGGAAAACAACUUCUCCGCUAAUUCCUUCAACUAACUUGAGCCACGAUAUGUUGAUUCCUGACUUUUUGUUUGAUCCGCUCUCUUUGUAGCUUCUACUUGAACAAUUGCCACACCAUAUUUAGAAUAUCCAGUUGUCUUUCAACUCACAUGAAGCAGGAAAAAUGGAGACAGAAAAAAAGGAGACGGUUGUAGAGUGAGUAUAUACUGAAUUAUAAUCGAGAAAAGCGUGAAAGAAGGAAGAAAAGUAAAUAAAAUAAAAAGAAAAAAAAGCGAACGAACAAGGAAAAAAAGGAGGACGAACAGAAGAGGGAGCUAUUUAACAGAGCACCAUAUGUAUUCUUUAUUUAACGCUGAAAAACGAAAAACGCUCCAUAGUUCAGUUUUUUUUAGGGAAUCAGUAAUCCUGGUUUCUCAAUGAUGCAAGCGGUAAAGCGCGAGAAUGGCUCCUGUAACUCAAGGGGCUUGGAAUUAUUAUUGUUUUACAUGUUUAUCUUUCUCCCGCCGAAUUAAAUUUGAGUUUGUGGGGUUUGUUGUGCUGUACUCCAUGCUACAGAAAAAAAAACCUGUCUCUCAUUUGCUUUAUUGUACUGUUCUUAGGUGCGGCACUCAAGUGGAUAUACGAGAUUUCGCAAUCCGGUAACAACUUUUCAAUGCUAUGAAUCUAUGUCAGUUCAUGCUGAACAAACUUUCCUUCUAAAUGUAUAACGUUUUAGCAGUUUUAAAAGUAAAUCACUCAUUUUUUUGUGUGUGCUUUACCUGUUCAAUUUCAAUUUCUUUUCUGAUGAGUCCAUGAUACACUGAUGCUCGUUUUUAUUGUUAUUGUUGUUGUUUGCUAUUUCACGCAGCACGUGUACAAGCGUGGCAGUACAAGUUGAACCUAGUGACUUUCAAACCGUCCAAGAAGUAACGAAGGACAGGUGAGAGGUCUUUUGCAGCUACGGAAAUUCCAUUUGAUCACAGCUUGUUUUUGUGAUAAUGUCGAGAAGCUGUUCCAGCAAAUGUUUAGAUAAGGUCAGACACGAUUCGACAGACAGUAAACAAGAUGCAAAAGGCAAUUAAAAAGCAUUGCGUCAUGCUUCGCGUGGGUUCUCCCAGUUAGUGCAGUGAAAAACCACGCUUGGUCAGCUAGUUGCAGAGCGCCGGACUGCCGUGCGGGAUGUCGUGGGUUCAAGCCUUAGACUGAACCAACACUUAGGGCCGGUUUUUCAAACAAACUUUAGUCCUUGUUUAACAAAACCACGUUCUAAGCCAUCUUCAAUGUAGCCGAACCUUUUGACCUGAACAUUUAUCUUUGUGAACAGUUUCAAGAGGGCCGGAAGCUUAGUGGAAGGACCUUUAUUCAAUGAAAUCAACCCUCUUAUGGAGAAGCCCUGAGGCCCUUUGCUUACGGAAAACCGCGGUUGGGUUAGACCUCGUGUAACUAAGCAGCCCUCAGGGCGUUAAGAUAACUGAAGAGAAUUUGCCGCUUUUGCUAUGACAUCUGCAGAUAGUUACACAUUCUAGUCUUCUCGGAUAACAACGACAAUUCAUAGGCCCUGUCUCCGGCAUCUUCCUGUACUGGUUAACAGGGGUCGUUAAAGAACCCACGUAUUUCGGGCAAAGAGUCGGGUUUCCUGGUUUUGUUUUGACCAAAUCGCAUUGGACUUCUCCUAACGAAGUAACUUCCACAUGCACUCAUACUUUUUUAUUCUUUAAUGCCAAAAACACUAUACAACAAUUCGUUCAACAACACUACGAAAUCCUAAAGUUUCCUGUGUCUUAGUGUCUCUACAUCGAGAUGCUUUUCUUCCAUAAAUCCCCUCUAUCUACCUCUUGUGAAAAAAUGACUUAUCUGAGCGAUGAUAACCUGUCUUUUAUAAUCAUUGCAGCGACGCCUUACCGCUUCUGACAACCCAGCCAUCCAGAGAGGAAUUCGUCGAGAAAGCGAACCCGGAAUACCGCUGCGAUUACUGCUAUGGAUGCUUAUUUUGUGAAAAGGGACAUGCGUGGUAUAGCAUUCGUGGUAAAGGUAUGGCUUUUUUUUUCACUGACAUCAAAUAAAUACAAAAGAAAGACCUUACACUUUCAGUCCCAAAUUGAAGGAAAUUUUUAAACCAGAGAAAGGAGCUAAUCAAAUGAACCGAUUAAAAAUCUGAGAAAAUGUAUGUUGGCUAAGCGCGGGAAAAUGGGCGUCGACAUCUAAGUAGCGGUUGGCUCUAGUUUUUCAUCAGAUUAAUUAACCAGUAGGCGCAAGUUUCUAUGCAAAAAAAGAAAAAAAAAUUCAAGGGAAAAAGUGAAGUAACUUAGAAUGCUCAUAAAUGCAUCUGUUACGAGCGUGAGUUUACAAGUCCUCAACCAAUGCGCUCCAAGCCAGAGGCAUACGUAUACUCGUACCCAAUUUCCUUAGUUUCCUGAUCAUUUCUCGCUGUUUGAAACCCAGCUUAGCUUAGUUCAUUCAGUUGGUUAUUACAUGUCUUACAUAUAAAGCGAAUUCUUAGUAACUGGCUAAACUUCUAGCUUCAAUAACUUAUAAAUAACAGCAGACAAAACUCACCAAAAUUAGCUUAAUGUUUUGAUUGCUUUUAGACCAGCCUUGGUAUUAAAUUAAGUUGCAUGUACGAUGUCUUACACGAAUUAACACCUGCUCAUACAAUAAUUACGAUUUGAGACAAGGAUUGAUUAACGUUUUUUUUAAUUUCUCUUACAGCCUGCCUCUGGGUGUUACUUCUAACGCCAGGGUACCUUAUAUUGGGCGUGUUUCUGUUACCCUUCUUCAUUCUAAUGGGUAUAGCUUACUGCGUCGCUGCCGCCAUAGAAUGACUUGUUGUUGGCGUAUUCAACGUUUUGCUCAAAUCAAGAGCGUACGAGAGAAAUGGAUGGAC